AUUGAAGAUCCGACAGUCUCACUCCAACCCUCGUUGCUGUUACAAGUGAAAGCGAUAAACAGUGGUAAAAGGACCUCAGUGAAAAUUCAGAUUCACAGUUCUAAAAGGAGGGAGGCCAAUCCACUGAAGAUAAGCAAAUUCAAUCUGGUUUUCGAAGAGAUAUCACCAUGAACGACUUCAGCUUAACUGGAAACACAACAGUCGAUCAGGAAGAUGUGAAAAGACACAGCAAACACAUGAAGGUCUGGUGGGAUCCCAAAGGCAAGAUGGGAGCGCUUCACUCUUUUAAUAUUCUUAGAGUUCCAUUAGUAAGAGAUGGUCUCGUCAGUGAGCCAGAGAAGGAGAAAACUCUUACACCUUUGGCCGAUAAGACUAUUUUAGAUGUUGGCUGUGGUGGAGGAAUAUUAUCAGAGGCUUUGGCCAGAAUAGGCGGCGUCGUGACGGGGGUGGACGCCAGCGAAGAGUUAAUCGAUUGCGCCAAACGACACAGUGACCUCGACGAGAAGAUUGCCCACAAUAAGCCCGCAUACUUCUGCUCCACCAUCGAGCAUCACGCCGAGGAACACCCGAACCGCUACGACGCGGUGGUGGCCUCGGAGAUCAUCGAACACGUGGCCGACACGGAGCUCUUCGUUCGGGCCUGCGUGUCCUGUCUCAAGCCCGGAGGCCGCAUCUUCGUCACCACGCCCAAUAGGAGCCUCUGGACCCGGGUGCUGGGCAUCUACGUGUCCGAGUACGUGCUGGGCACCUUGCCCAAGGGCACGCAUCAGUACCGCAAGCUCACCACGCCCAACGAGGUCUCUUUUCUGCUUGAGAGAAGUACGGUCCACUCCUUAAGUACUCGGAACCCUUUCUGA